UGGAUUCAAAUUUGAACAUAGCAUCCACCCAGGAUUAGGAAGCAAAGCGCGACAUACCAUAAAGGGGAAAAAAGGAUUGAUCUUUGGGAUUUCGAACCCCAAUUUCUCUUCCCUUGCCGCUCUUUCUCUCUCAAGAGUUCCUGAAUCUGUUCUUUUCGUCUUCAUGGAGGAUGUGGAGGUCGCCCCAGUUCAGGAUUUCGGGCCUGAGAAGCUGGAACCGGGCUCCCAAGAAAGCCAAGAUCCCCCUAGCGAGGGAACUGGAAGUUCUCCGGUGGAUUUCAUGCUCUGCAAUCCGGGCUCGAGGCUGGUUCCUCACGGGUUUACGAGACCGCCUUCUUCGGAGGAGUACAUAAUGUUCAUAAAUGCGGGAGGCGAGGCCCCGCAUCAAGAGGAUAACCCUCUGAAGUUUCAGGGGGACUCCUUUUAUGGCGGUGGAGAUGUUCUGAGCACAAACGAGUGCAUAACUGAUAGUGGUGACUACCCUUUCAUCUAUGAAUCGGCACGAUUUGGGAAUUUCUGCUACACAUUUGAUAACCUUCAGCCGGGUGACUAUUAUGUUGACCUUCACUUUGUGGAAAUCAUUUUCACAAAUGGGCCUACAGGGAUGAGGGUUUUCAACGUGUUCAUUCAGGAAGAGAAGGUUUUGUCUGAUUUCGAUAUUUUUCAUGUCGUUGGAGCAAACAAGCCUCUUCAAUUAGUUGACUCGAGGGUCUGUGUGAAGGAAGAUGGUACCCUUAGGAUAAGAUUUGAAGGAGUUAAUGGCACCCCUGUGGUUAGUGGGAUUUGUAUAAGGAGAGCACCGCCAAGAGUGUCUGGUUCUCAAGAGGCAAAGGAAUAUGUCAAAUGUGAUGUCUGUAUGGCCGAAAUAAAAGUUCCUGCGGAUCAGAAGAAGAUUAUGCAAAAAAAAUUUACAGCCAAGUAUGAGAGGGACAUUAAAGAGCUUUCUGUGCUGUGCAAGCAGAAGACAGAUGAAUGUUAUGAGGCUUGGAUGUCACUCAAUGCAACUAAUGAGCAGUUGGAGAAGGUUAGAAUGGACCUCGACAAUAGAACAUUCGAGAAGCGUAAUUUAGAGCAAGUUCUGGAUGAACAAGGCAACAAUCUGAAGAGCGUUUCUACCAAGUAUGAGCAUGAUAAACAAUUCUGGGCAACAAAAAUCAGUGAAUUGGACAAAAAAGUGAAGACAAUGAAAAGGGAGCAUUCUCAGCUUUCCCGUGAAGCACAUGAAUGUGCAGAUUCAAUUCCCGAGUUGAAUAACAUGGUUUCCGGAGUCCAAGCAUUGGUUGUCCAGUGUGAAGAUCUCAAAAUGAAGUACAGUGAAGAACAAACAAAGAGAAGAAAGCUCUUCAACCAACUUCAAGAGACAAAAGGAAACAUUCGGGUUUUUUGCCGUUGUCGUCCAUUAAGCAAGGCAGAGGUAUCGGCUGGUUGUUCAGUAGUUGCAGAAUUUGAAUCUGCGAAAGAUGGAGAUCUUGGGAUUCUCACAGGCAGCUCCACUAAGAAGACAUUUAAAUUCGACAGGGUGUUUACGCCGAAAGAUGAUCAAGUCGAUGUGUUUGCGGAUGCUUCACCACUUGUAGUCUCUGUGUUGGAUGGUUACAACGUCUGUAUUUUUGCCUAUGGCCAGACGGGAACUGGGAAGACAUUUACGAUGGAAGGCACAGAGCAUAACCGAGGAGUAAACUAUAGAACCCUCGAGCAACUAUUUAGAACUGCCCAGGAAAGAAGUGAAACAUUCACGUACAGCAUAUCAGUUAGCGUCCUUGAGGUCUACAACGAGCAGAUACGAGACCUCUUGGCAACGUCACCAACAUCAAAAAAGUUGGAGAUUAAACAAGCAUCUGAAGGAUUUCACAAUGUCCCUGGGAUUGUAGAGGCCAAAGUUGAGAACAUCAAGGAAGUAUGGGAUGUACUUCAAGCAGGAAGCAAUGCUAGGGCUGUUGGGUCAAAUAAUGUCAACGAGCAUAGUAGUCGAUCUCACUGUAUGCUAUGCAUAAUGGUGAGAUCGAGAAACUUGAUCUCUGGGGAGUGCACAAGGAGCAAGCUAUGGCUCGUGGACUUGGCAGGCAGUGAGAGGCUUGCAAAAACCGAUGUGCAGGGAGAGAGACUGAAGGAAGCUCAGAAUAUCAAUCGGUCCCUGUCAGCACUUGGAGAUGUAAUUUCUGCUUUAGCAAAUAAAAGCAGUCACAUCCCAUACAGAAACUCGAAACUGACACAUCUACUUCAAGAUUCUCUAGGUGGUGACUCGAAAACUCUGAUGCUUGUGCAAAUUAGUCCCUCGGACAAGGAUUUGGGUGAGACAUUGAGUUCAUUAAAUUUUGCCACACGGGUUCGAGGGGUUGAAUUGGGUCCUGCUAAGAAGCAAAUAGAUCCCAAUGAGCUUCAGAAGAUGAAAACAAUGCUCGAGAAAGCAAGGCAGGAGUCCAGAUCAAAGGAUGAAUCUCUAAGGAAGUUAGAAGAGAACAUCCAAAACUUGGAGAGUAAGGCGAAAAAUCGGGACCAAGUUUACAAAAACUUGCAGGAGAAAAUCAAAGAACUAGAAGGUCAGCUAGAAUCAAAGACCUCCUGGCAAAGCCAGUCAGAGCGACAGGCUUCGCAACUUUUAGACAAACUAAAGGCGAAGGAAGAAGUUUGCUCCACUCUUCAAGAAAAGGUGAAAGAGCUUGAGAGUAAGAUUUUAGAUCGUGAUCGAGACCUUUUGGAGUCUGUCUCAUUGCAAGAGAAGAUGAAACAUCUCGAAAGCAAACAUAGGGAGCAAAUGCAGGAAUCCGUCCAUCAUUCCCAUGUCCUUCAAGAAAAGAUAAGGGAGCUCGAGCAAAAACUGGCAGAGAAGGAAGAGAACUCUGAGUCCGCGUCUCUUCAUCAGAAGAUUAAGGAGCUUGAAGAUAAGUUGAGGCAGCAGGAGCAACAGUUGCAGUGCCAAGGAGCUCGUGAUUGUGAUGGGGUCGUAACAGCGACACCAAACUUGGGUAAAACCUUCGCACACGACAUAGUCACGACUGAUAUGGACUCUCAUAUCCUGAAGAUCUCAAACUCCAUAACCCGUCCGGUGAGUCAUGGCUCUGUUUCUCGCGGGCAUACUGGUGAAGCUGCUCUUCACGAGCAAAGGAGGAAACGAAACUCGAGAACUGGCGAGACGGAAAACUUGUUUCUGCCACCGAGCUCUCUGAGUGAUAAGAGGUUCAGGAAGUCUGAUCCACCGAGAGUUGCAAAGAUGGUUAGACCAGUAGUAAAGCCCAUUGCGACAGCUCAAGGAGCUACCACGAACACAAGGAGGGUCAGCAGAGAUCAAGUUCAGGGGCAGAAGGAGAGGGACAAUAAGAAGAAGAUAUGGUCAAGAUAAUUAAUGAAAACGAAGAGACAGACGAAUACGCUGAUCGAGUGGUAACCUUCCUUGGUUUAAACUCGUAGUUCUGAAUAUGUUAUGUAUCAACCGAUGCACUUUCCCUUGUGUGUAUUUGUGUGUAUAAACUUCAAGCUGUGGAUUUUUAGCUUUUUUUUUUUGGAGUUCUUUUGAAACUGAAAGCGCUUCUUAUAGCUUCGUAAAUGGAACAGGUUGG